GUCCAUAGCAAAGAAAUUCAACAGUCUAAGAUUUAAGGCGGAUGCCCAUAUGCACAACCUUGGCUUUCCCUUAAUCUACAACUUGUCAGAGACAAAAACCAUCCAAUAAUAUCAAGUCAAACGUAUCCAUUCCUCUCUUCCCCUUUCUCACUCUUACCAUAUAAAAUUAUCAUCCUCUCUCUCUCUUGCUUGCUGUCUCCCUGGCUCUUUGCACUUGUCAAGAUCCCCAAAAUGAACCAAAACUUCCUGUUAACACCCUUUUCUCCAUUGAUAAAUCUCUUCAUCGUUCUUUCUUUUCUUCUUGCAAGAAAGGCCAUAUGCAUACAUCCUCAGUUCCUAGCCUGCAAUCCAAGAACCUGUGGUGAUGGUCAAAAUAUUACCUUUCCAUUCUAUAUCCAAGGCCAGCAAGAACCCUUCUGUGGCUACCCUGGAUUCUUCCUUUCUUGUAAUCAUAACGGCCAUCCAAUUCUUAAACUACGAGAUAACGAAUAUGUCAUUCGCCAUAUCUCCUACAAAACCCAGACAGUUCGUGUCUCGAACGCAGCUGUUUUUGAUACAGCAACCACUUGUAUUCCUCCAUUUAGAAGCACAUCACUGCCCGAAGAUCGGUUCAAGUUGUCGUCUAAUCAGACAGGCUUAUUCUUUCUCUACGAGUGCAACUCAACACUGUUAGGGAACAGGAACAGUGAGCUUAACAAAUACAAGGUUGAUUGCUUAAUUGAGACUGGAACAGGUCCAACUCUGUCAAUGUUUGAGGAUGAUCCUCUUCUGGGUUAUGCGUCAGUAGUAUGUGAAAAUAAGGUUAAGGUAGCAGUGGAUGUUCAUGGAGGAAAUAGUACUGAUGGGUUAGAGAGAAUGCUAGAAAGAGGAUUUGUGUUGAAUUGGAUAGCAAGUAACUGCAGCAUAUGUGAAAACAGUGGAGGCAAAUGUGGAUUCGAUGACGCCACCUACCAUUUUAAAUGUUUCUGCCCUGACCGCCCUCAUGCUUCGGACUGUAAUCCAGAAAAGAACAGACUGGGAUUGAAGCUAGGAUUAGGAUUAGGUGCAGGGAUUGGAUUAAUAGCCUUACUGUUGUCCUUUUACAUUUUUCGGAGUCACUACAAAAGAAGAAGAAAUGCUUCGUCAAACAUCCUCUCAACAAAUUCCUUUUCUCCCUCCUCAAGAUCAGAUCUAGAAGGGGGCAGCGUCUACUUUGGCGUCUCCGUCUUCUCCUACGCUGAACUAGAAAAAGCCACCAGUAAUUUUGAUAGCAAAAAAGAGCUUGGAGAUGGAGGUUUUGGAACUGUCUAUUAUGGUAAACUCAAAGAUGGACGAGAGGUUGCAGUCAAGCGCCUGUAUGAGCACAAUUACAGAAGGGUCGAGCAAUUCAUAAAUGAAAUUGAAAUCCUUACACGCCUACGCCAUAAAAAUCUUGUCACCCUCUAUGGAUGCACUUCACGCCGCAGCCGUGAGCUCCUCCUUGUAUAUGAAUAUAUUCCUAAUGGCACUGUUGCUGAUCAUCUCCAUGGUGAUCGAUCAAAGUCGAGUCCGCUGACAUGGCCUAUUCGGAUGAGCAUUGCAAUAGAAACAGCUACUGCUUUGGCCUACCUUCAUGCUUCUGAUACCAUACAUCGGGAUGUCAAAACUAACAACAUUCUUCUUGACAACAACUUCUGUGUGAAAGUUGCUGAUUUCGGCUUGUCCAGGUUGUUUCCCAAUGAUGUCACCCAUGUCUCAACUGCGCCGCAAGGUACCCCAGGCUAUGUUGAUCCUGAGUAUCACCAAUGCUAUCAGCUUACAGAUAAGAGUGAUGUCUAUAGCUUUGGAGUUGUCUUGAUUGAAUUGAUUUCGUCAAUGCCUGCCGUCGAUAUCAAUAGGCAUCGACAUGAGAUUAAUUUAGCUAAUUUAGCAGUAAACAAGAUUCAAAAUUGCGCAUUUGAUGAGCUGAUUGAUCCAUCGUUCGGAUAUAAUUCAGAUGAAGAAGUUAAAAGAAAGACAAUUUCAGUGGCAGAGUUAGCUUUUAGAUGUUUGCAACAAGAUAAGGAAUUAAGACCUUCCAUGGAUGAAGUUCUGGAGGAAUUAAAGAGCAUCGAAAUAGGGGAUCACAAUGAGAAUCAGGAAGUAGUGCUUGAUGAUAAUAAAGUAUUGACAGAUAUGCCGCCACCACCUUCACCCGCAUACUGCGAUGAGGCUUUGCUGUUGAAGAAUAUCCGGUUGCCACCUUCACCAGUUACAGUCACAGCUCAAUGGGCUAGUAGCUGCUCCACUACACCUAACAUCAGUAGUUAAGGUUCUCUUACUCCAUUCUGAUUAAUUUUCAAAUUGGGCGAUGAGGGUGUGAUUAAAAUUCAGUAUUAGAUGGAAGUUAGUGACACAAGGUAUCACUGCUUCUCAUCUUAUUUUUCUGUUUUUCAUAGUAAAAAAAAAAAAAACUGAGGCAUAGCAUUGAUAGGUUAAUGUCUUAAAGAGAGUGGAUAUAGAAGAUGAAGGUAAUAGUUAUAUACUCAAUGUUCAUAUUCUGAAUCUAAAAUCAUGAAUACCCUUGCCUCUUUGCCUACUGUAUUCAUUGACUGUGAUUAAGAACACAAAAAUAUAUGUCGUACACAACGCAAGAAAGAUAAAUGAAAAGAAGAAAGUUUGAAAUUGAAGUAAA